AUGGACUCAUCUCAUUCCCAGUGGAUCCAACCCUUGGUUGCGGUCUCCGUCGGUUCCUUCAUCGCAUUCAGAGCUCACAGAAAAAAAUCCCUCAGCACUUCUGGAGCUCUCGCGGGUUUCUUCGUUAUGUCGCUUCACAUUUUUAUAGGAUUCAGGUUUGCGGCGAUGCUACUUGCUUUCUUUUUCACUUCUUCUACACUCACAAAGAAGGGACAAGAUAAAAAGCGGUUAAUCGAUCCUGAAUUCAAAAUAGGUGGACAAAGAAACUGGAUACAAGUUCUGUCAAAUAGUGGUAUUGCCUCUGUUCUGGUUGUAGCUUUAUGGGUUUUAACUGACGGGAAGGAUUAUUGCUUGAACGCUAAAGAGUCGCCUCUGAUUACCGCUCUUAUUGGUGGCGUUAUUGGCCAUUAUUGCUGCUGCAAUGGAGAUACCUGGUCUUCAGAGAUUGGAGUUCUCAGUGAUGACCGACCUCGUCUCAUCACAACCUUCAAGCCUGUGAGGAAGGGUACAAAUGGUGGUGUGACAAAAGCAGGACUUCUAGCUGCUGCAGCCGGUGGAAGUGUCAUUGGACUAUCGUAUGUUCUUUUAGAAUUUUCGACAAUCAGGUGCGGGUCUGAUAGAGUUCUCAAGCAACUACUGGUAAUACCCAUCGCCACCACGGCAGGACUAGGUGGGAGUAUCAUCGACUCUCUAUUGGGUGCAACGUUACAAUUUAGUGGAUUCUGCUCUAUUCGCCAGAAGGUUGUUGGGAAGCCAGGACCAACGGUUAAAAAGAUUUCAGGUCUGAGCAUUCUUGACAACAACGCAGUGAACUUUGUGUCAAUAUUGUUAACCACGGUUUUUACUUCAAUAGCUUGUUUGUACAUAUUCUAG